AGGUAUGCGUCGGCGAUGAAUAAACCAUUCCAUCAAAUCUUUCAUGAUAUUUUCUUCAUUUUUGAAUUCACAGUCUUGGUCAAUGGAUCUUGCCCGACCAAUUGGACAGAAUGGAAUCUUCARUUCUGYUAUCAURUUUAUGGAGAUCCGAAACCAUGGGAUACGGCUAAAASAUACUGUGAAAAUCUAGGUGGACACCUCGCGUCCAUACAUAGCGACGASGAAAUGAGCUUUUUGUCUACGUUAAUUAAACUUUCAGGAAAGGAAUCAGAAAACGUUUGGAUCGGUUUGAACGAUAUUUCUAAGGAAUUGGAUUUCCAUUGGAGCGAUAAGUCGCCAUUUGACUAUUCUUACUGGAGAGUAACGCCCUCUAAUCAAACCCAAGAGAACUGUGUCUUCAUUCUAUCAGAGAGUGCUGGGCAGUUCGAAUGGUAUGUGGGGGCAUGUGGCAUUUGGUGGCCGUCUAUUUGCAAACGAACUUCUACAAUUGAUGAAGACAAUCGACGUCAAAUUUAUUCAAGUUUGAAGAACAAGAUGUUGUUCAACCACGUGCUUAGGGCCCAAAAUGCUUCCUCGUUGCUGUAUUGCUCUUCUCUGUGUUUGAAUGAAAACAAUUGUAAAUCGUUCAGCUAUGGAAACAGCGCGUGCUACUUAAACAAUGCGACCGAUAAAGACUUUCCUGRCGACCUUGUGGAAAAGGAYUCCUUUGUUUACGCAGUACCAAUUAAAUGAAUGUAUUUCUUGUAAAAUAUUUCCAUUCACUGGUGUAAAAAGAUGGUCGCUCAUUCAUACAAGCGCGCAAAGGACUAUCCGACGAUACGCGCAAUGCAUUACUUUCCAUGCACGCAAAGCAGUAUGGUUGGACCAUGUUCGCAAUGCAUCAUUGGACCAUGUUCGCAAUGCAUCAUUAGACCAUGCUCGCAAUGCAUCAUUGGACCAUGUUCGCAAUGCAUCAUUCAAACAUUGUACAAACGUACGCAGAAAGCAUCUUUUGACACUGUAAACAAAGUAUUGAUAUUCCUAUGCGAGGCUAAGCAUAACCCUGACGAUUCGCGACCAAAGUGUAAUUGGCUAACAUGGUAUGACCAUAUGGAAUUGGAUGGCCUGUGAUGCAUUUUAACCAAAUCAUUUAAUUGGUAAAAAUAACCAAUUACAAUGGUCAUACCAACAAUAUAUUAUUGGUCAACGUGACCAGUAUAUAUUGGGUCGGAUCAACCAAAAGAAUACAUUGGUCAAAAUGACCAAACUCGAACUGGUUGCCUGGGAUGCAUUGAAACAACCAAUUUUUUUGGUUAUUUCAACCAAGUAUUUUUUUACAGUGUGUAGCUUUUUUUCCACGCGGUAAAGGCAUUUGCGGCUCGAUCUUCAAUGUUCAAUGUUAUGCUAUGCAUAAUUCCACCAUUGUACACAAUGCUCUAGGGURAGCAUUCCCACAAUGCYUUGCUYUAUCAGGCGCGCAAAGGAUCUUGGUGCCAUGGGCGCUAURUUUAAAAGCUAUAGUCAGUGUUACGUGAGGGAUAUUUUCGAAUAAAAUGUUCCUAAGAUAAAAAUAUAGAAUGUUGAUAAUUGGAUGAAAGAAUAAAGGAUUUAUGAAUUGAUCUUGAAAAACAAGAAAAUAUUGUU